CCACCUAUUCCCCGUUGCCAUUAUCCCUCCGGACGAUUUAAAGUAAGACAAGACAUGAUGAUAUGUGCUGCAUCUCAACUGUAACAAAAGAUAACUACUGGGUUCUGACCACCAGUCCCUGUUUAUGUGGGUUUCAAGCUCAAUAAUCAAGUCUUCUGGGUUUGCGAGAACUGAGGCUUUUCGAUAUAUCUGGUCCACGACCUUUCUCUUUCAUCCUCUGGCUGAUUAUAACAACCCAAGACUACUUCGUAGUGGUUCUGGUAACACAACCCACUUUGCAUCACGGCAUUAUGCUUCAAACACUGGAGUUCGUUCCAGUAAGCCUUUUGGUGAAGACUUUGAUACGACUCUGAAGCACAUUGAAGUCUCAGAUAGUUUUGUUGAAACUAUCAGGAAUGUGCUUAUAAAGCACAGAUGGAUAAAUAGAUUUGAUAGUGAGUUUAGUAUCGAGCUUGAUGAAUACAAAGUCAUUAGGAUUUUGGAUGAUUUGUUUGCAGAGACUUCAGAUGCAUCUAUUGCUCUUUACUUCUUUAAGUGGUCAGAGUUGUGGAUUGGUGCUAAGCAUUCAAGCAGGUCUAUCUGCCGUAUGGCUCAUAUUUUGGUAUCUGGUAACAUGAAUUAUAGAGCUGUUGACAUGCUUCUCCAUCUGGUGAAGAGAUCCGAUGGAGAAGAGAGGUCAUUGUGUUUAGCCAUGAAUGAUCUUUUCGAAACUCGUGGUGACCGUGAGGUUUUGGAGACUGUGUUUAGCAUGCUUGUUGAUUGUUGUGUUAAGGGGAGAAAAGUAGACAUGGCCGUGAAACUAGCUUACAAGAUGGAUCAGUUAGGCAUCUUUCCUUCAAGAGGGGUUUGUAUUUCUUUGCUCAAAGAGAUUCUACGGAUUCACGGUUUGGAGUUGGCUAGGGAGUUUGUUGAACACAUGAUUAGUAGAGGAAGACACCUUAACGCUGCUGUGCUCACCUUAUUCGUUAGCAAACACUGCUCUGAUGGUUGUUUUGAUAAAGCCUGGGAACUGCUUAUGGAGAUGAAACAACAGUAUGGAAUCAGACCAGACAUUGUGGCAUUCACCGUUUUCAUUCAUAGAUUGUGUAAGGCAGGGUUCCUAAAAGAAGCAACUUCGGUACUGUUUAAUCUCAAACUCUUUGGUAUCUCUCAGGAUUCUGUAUCAGUCAGUUGUGUUAUAGAUGGGUUCUGUAAAGCGGGAAAGCCAGAGGAAGCAGUUAAGCUCAUUCAUUACUUUCGUCUCAGACCAAACAUUUUCGUGUACAGUAGCUUUUUGUCGAAAAUAUGUACCGAGGGAGACAUGCUUAAAGCGUCCACCGUGUUUCAGGAGAUCUUUGAGUUGGGGCUCCUCCCUGAUUGUGUUUGUUAUACUACUAUGAUAGGUGGAUACUGUAAAUUAGGCAAAAUAGAUGAAGCUUUCAAAUGUUUUGGAGCUAUGUUAAAAAGCGGAAACUCGCCGUCUUUAACUACGUAUACACUGCUUAUUGGUGCUUGCAGCAAGAUUGGUAAUGUAGAUGAUGCAGAAGCUUUGUUUCGGAAUAUGAAAGUGGAAGGUUUGGUGCCAGAUGUUGUUACAUAUAACAAUCUAAUGCAUGGGUAUGGGAAGACUCAUCAGCUGAAUAAAGUCUUUGAGCUUAUGGAUGGAAUGAGAUCUGCUGGUGUCUUUCCAGAUGUUGCAACCUACGAUAUCUUGAUACACAGCAUGGUCGUUAGAGGAUACGUUGAUGAAGCAAAUGGUAUUGUCAAUGAGCUUAUCAGACGUGGAUUUAUGCCAAGUGUGUUGGCAUUCACUGAUGUGAUUGGUGGGUUUUCAAAGAAGGGGGAUUUUCAGGAAGCGUUUCUUCUGUGGCAUUACAUGGCUGAUCUUAGAGUGCAGCCUGAUGUUGUAACGUGCAGUGCGUUGCUACAUGGGUACUGCAGAGCGCAGAGGAUGGGUGAUGCUAUGGUGUUGUUUAAUAAGUUGCUUGAUGCCGGGUUGAAGCCUGAUGUGGUUUUGUAUAAUACUCUCAUCCAUGGAUAUUGCAGUGUAGGAGAGACUGAGAAAGCAUGUGAGUUGAUUGGUAUGAUGGUUCAGAGAGGAAUGGUUCCAAAUCAGAGUACCUAUGUAGCACUUGUUGUGGGGCUCGAGGGAAAGAGUGGUGUGAACUCAGAAAAGCAUGCAUCCAUGUUACUUGAAGAAAUUUUUGUAGCAAAUAGUGCCAAGUAACACUGUCUUUUUUUGGUGAUUAA